GCCUCUGCCCGCGCUGCCAGCCGGCCCCGGCGCCGAGGGCGCGGCGACGCUCGGCCACCAUGGGCUGCACACUGAGCGCCGAGGACAAGGCGGCUGUGGAGCGCAGCAAGAUGAUCGACCGCAACCUCCGGGAGGAUGGCGAGAAGGCGGCGCGCGAGGUCAAGCUGCUGCUGCUGGGUGCUGGUGAAUCUGGAAAAAGUACGAUUGUGAAGCAAAUGAAAAUUAUCCACGAAGCUGGUUACUCAGAAGAGGAGUGUAAACAGUACAAGGCGGUGGUCUACAGUAACACCAUCCAGUCCAUCAUCGCUAUCAUUAGGGCCAUGGGGAGGUUGAAGAUAGACUUCGGAGACUCUGCUCGGGCGGAUGAUGCUCGCCAGCUCUUUGUGCUUGCUGGGGCUGCAGAAGAAGGCUUUAUGACUACAGAGCUUGCUGGAGUCAUAAAGAGAUUGUGGAAAGACAGUGGUGUGCAAGCCUGCUUCAACAGAUCCAGAGAGUACCAACUGAAUGAUUCUGCAGCCUAUUAUCUCAAUGACUUGGACAGAAUAGCACAACCAAAUUAUAUCCCGACGCAGCAGGAUGUUCUCAGAACCAGGGUGAAAACAACGGGGAUCGUGGAAACCCAUUUUACUUUCAAAGAUCUCCAUUUUAAAAUGUUCGAUGUGGGAGGUCAGAGGUCAGAGCGGAAGAAGUGGAUUCACUGCUUUGAAGGAGUGACUGCCAUCAUCUUCUGUGUGGCCCUGAGUGACUACGACCUGGUUCUAGCUGAAGAUGAAGAAAUGAAUCGAAUGCAUGAAAGCAUGAAGUUGUUUGACAGUAUAUGUAACAACAAGUGGUUCACAGACACCUCCAUCAUCCUUUUUCUAAACAAGAAGGACCUCUUUGAAGAAAAAAUCAAAAAGAGCCCCCUCACCAUAUGCUACCCGGAAUAUGCAGGAUCAAACACAUAUGAAGAGGCAGCUGCAUAUAUUCAAUGUCAGUUUGAAGACCUCAAUAAAAGAAAGGACACAAAGGAAAUCUACACCCACUUCACAUGUGCCACAGACACGAAGAACGUGCAGUUUGUGUUUGAUGCUGUAACAGACGUCAUCAUCAAAAAUAAUCUUAAAGAUUGUGGUCUCUUCUAAGUUUUGCAGUUGAUAGUAAAAUGCGUUUUCAAACCAAAUGAGUACUUAUAUAUGGAUCUCUCUAGACUAGAGUCUCCCAGCAACACAGAAUGUAGUAUACAGCAAAUGCAUCCUGGACCUGACCAAAGUUGCUCUGUUUUGUGUUUCUAUCUGAAAGUCAUAGGACCAUUCUCAAAGAUGAAAGAUGCUCCUGUGAUGUGAAAGUGAGGUGUGCUGUUGAAGCUGGGCUCUAGUGUACUGAUGAUUUCUGUGUAAGUGUAAAUAUGCAAAUGUAAGAUGUAUUUAUAACAUUUGAUUUCCCAUAUUAUGUUUAGGUUGUAAGAAUGGCAACUUACGAUUCUAGUGUGAUGGCUUUGGAAAUAACAUAAAUAUUAAGUAUCUUGUAAUGAAUGACAGAUUAGUUCUGUGUUUGCCAGUUUUAAACAGCUUUAUUUAUGUUUGUGUCCUAUAAAUUUUAGGUACCGUAAUUAAUAUUAGGAAAUGUCACAAACCCUUAACCUUGAUUAUAUGUAUACUUGUAUUCAUAAAAUGUUAUUUGUACAAACAUUGCACAGACUAUUUUAAUAACAUGAGUUGUUCUCUAAAGGUUAUGUGUUUUGUGGGGAUGUUCUUACAGAGGUGAGGCACACCCGCCUUUGUAUCAGUUAGUUAAACAUUGUGUGCAUUGACAUUUUCUUCACAGAGUGCAUGAUGUUUCAAUUUUACCUUAGGUUUGUUUUAAAAAGCUAAAAUUCCAGAUUUUUGAGGAAAGAGGACCUUAGACUUAAAAACACUUCACUUUUAGUCCAUGUACCAGCUCAGCUUAGCAUCUGGAUGGCAUAUCUGCAUUGCCUUCAGGUGAUGCCAGGUUAAUUUUAUACACUUAAAUAACCAUGGUUUUAUUUACAAUAAAGUUUAGAUGAGUGAGGAAAGCAUUUUUGUGGGUAAAAAUUUUUUAGUAUGUGAACUUUGAGACAUUCAUUUAUGUAUUUUCCUUGAGAAAUCCCUUGUACUUAAGCAUACAUGACAGUUCUUUGUUGGGAAGAUAACCAGAAAACACUCUAUUACUGAUAGUAUGCAAGCUUUUGAUUCAUAUGUAACUGGUUUCAAGUUUAUCACUUUAUGUCAAACGGCACUUCUUUUCCCUUAGACAUCCAAAUCCUUUCCACUUGCUGGAAUUUAUAUUCUUUUAAAGCUACACUCUGAUUUCUGACAUUAAGAGGACAAUUGCGCUUCGAAAUUGAAUAGUAGUAUUUAACGAGAUCAGUGAGUGUGUGUGUGCAUCCGUGGGUGUUACAUAGUGCUACAUACUGAACUCUGUUAGUUAGUGCCAUCCUUCCUCCUUUAAUCGUUUACAAUGUGUCUGUGGGCCCUUGUGUUGUCAGACUGAACAGCACUCCCCAGUUCAUCUCCCUUUUUAACUCACCCUGUAACGUUAAGACUUUCUAUAAACUUUGCCAGUGAAUGGUUUCUCACUUGAGUCAGAUGUUGCUACCCCCACAGUCUCCUUGUUGAAGUUUAUGCAUAUGUAAGUGUAGGGAGAAUCAUAAACUACAUUCACAUCUGUUUACUUUGGGGGAAAUUGUUUUCUUUUGUAAUGUAAAGAAAUUCAAGGUGAUCAAAAUUCCUUCAGUGUUAGUUUAGAUUAUUUUAUGUGCCUUUCAUGAAAGAUAUGUUUUCAUUCAUUUUACUAAUGGAAGACCUGUCAGACCCACAUUGUGAAGCUAUGUAUGAAAUUCAACUAUUAUCUGAAUAAAUUUGAAUGAUGAAAAAUAGGGUUUAAAAGCCACAAAGAAGCACAUACUGGUGACCAUCAUUGGUGAAUCCCUUAACUCUACUCUGUGUAACUGUGCUACUAAUACAUCCUAAUAAAUUUAAAUUUUUAAAAUUUUA